GGGGGUGUGGGGGGGGCAGAGGGGUGCCCUGAGGAACAUCACAUUUUAAAUACCAUUGUUCAUCAAUAAUUCAGCAAAACGUCUUUGCCAUUAUCUAAAGAGGAUCAACUCAACUUUAGCUAAAGGUUGAUAAUGGUUUGUCUAAGGUGAUUCUUUUAAACGUCUUUUUUACGGACGGCAAACUCAUUUGUGUUUGAAUGAUUGAUGUUUGUCAUGUUUACCUUAAAUCUGAUCAAACGGGAAAAGACAGAUUUAUAUUUUGGUCAUUAUCACCAAUGUCAACAUCGACCACUUCCCUGUCAACAGUGGCAUUUGUUUGUUUUUAGCAUCAAAGAGAAGUGAAGAACACACACACACACACACACACACACUGCUCCAAACCUCAUUAAUUCUUCACCCAUAAUGCCUGGCAGCAGUAGAAUCCUGACUCUGUGUGUGGUGUAAAGUCAAUUAUUAUGUUUAUUUAUUGCUCUGCUCCUGCAGUCACAUCUAAACUCAAUUUAUAAAAUGUAGGUUUUAAUUAAGUCCCCUUCUGUGUGUGUAUGAGAGUGUGAAAAUGACAAAAAAAGAAAAAAAAAACAGGCACAACUUCAAAAGGUAAUAAUGAGCCAAAAACUACAUUAAAGUCAGACAGAAAUAAACUUCAAAAUAAGAAACAAAACUGCUUAGAAAUCAACUAAAAUAAUAAUCCCAGAUACUGCAGAUCAGAGAAAUCACUGGAAAAACAAAAAGUCACUAUAAUAAAAACAUAAACUGCUUAACGUUUGCAUAAAAACACUUCAUGUGUUCAGGUUUGUCAGACAUACUGCACACAUUGGACAGAAAUAUGAAUAUUUAAUAUAUUAACCAUAUUAAAAAUGACCCAAAAAGUCUAGAGGUAAGACUAGAAGUGGGGCUAAACGCCAAGCUAACAGUCAGUUAAAAAAAAAAAAAAAUCCCACUAAACCUUGUGUGUAUCUUUAUAAACAUAUAUAAAUAUUUUUCGUUAUUCUCUCAUUUCCAGGAUUCAUUUCUUUCUCAUCUUUUCUUGCCUUGAUUCCUGGCAGUGACACCAGUUUGUCUGCUGAACUAAUUUCUCUGAUGGAUGAAAGAUGCAGAGAUAACGAAGAGCACACGUCAGGGCUCAGUGGUUGAUUUUUACCCUGGAUUUUCUCCAUGUCUGUAGAGACGGGUCGGGAUUUUUUAUGUGAUCCAUAAACACACUGUUUUCUGGAGAAUGAAUUAUAUUUUUUCACACAUAAAAUUAAAACAAACGCACAAUUUGAUUUAACUUCUGCUCUGAAGUCAGCCAUUUCUAAAGAUAAAAUAAAAUGUAUGUGUGGAUCUUAAAAAUGUCAGCUUUAAAUCUCAGUAAAAGUUGUUUUAUUUUUAGCCAUAAAAACUGAUUUCAGCUCAAAGGUAUGUGGUGGCUGCUGUUGUACGUUCUCUGUUGAAUUAUUUAAAGAAAAUGAUUUUUAUUUCAUGCAUUUUCCUCAGAUAAGAAACGCUCUGUCACUCUGCCUCUAGUGGUCACUCAUAGGUACUGUAGUUGUGUCUGACUGCUCCUGUCUGUUUCAGGCUGUGAGACCAUGUGAGGACCAAACACCUGUAGUGUCUCCGCACGUUGGAUUUGAACAUGGAGGCCAAUGAGACGCAGGACCAGACCCACCUCACACUGCCCCCUGCUGGUUUCCAAGAAUAUGACCUGAACAGCAGUGGUGGAGGCGCUGCUGUGCCUGCAGUGCUCCCCACUCUGAUGCUUGACGGAGUGAAUUUUCUAGAAGAUCCCAUCAGACUGCUGAGUGUACAGGUGAUACUGAUCCUGGCCUACAGCACCAUCAUAAUGCUGGGGGUUCUGGGUAAUUCUCUGGUCAUCUACGUCAUUUACCGUUUCAGGACGCUGCGCACUGUCACCAACUUCUUCAUAGCUAACCUGGCUGUGGCUGACCUACUGGUCAACACUCUGUGUCUGCCCUUCACACUGGUCUACACCCUGCAGGGAGAGUGGAAAUUCGGCAGCGCUCUCUGCUUCCUGCUCCCCUACGCCCAGGGACUGGCCGUGCAUGUGUCUACUGUCACACUCAACGUCAUCGCUCUGGACCGCCACAGGUGUAUUGUGUAUCAUCUGGAGACCAGGAUGAGGAAGGACGUGUGUUUUGGUGUCAUCGCUCUGACCUGGCUGCUCAGCGCCGUCCUGGCCAGUCCUUUGGCCAUUUUCAGAGAGUACGGCUCCUUGAAUCUGGAGCCUGGACACAGCAUACAAGUGUGUGCAGAGAAGUGGCCUGGGAAAACCACUGAUGGCGCCAUCUACAGCAUCUCCAUGUUGGUCCUGCAGUAUUUCCUUCCAUUGUCUAUCAUCUCUUUUGCUUACGCUCGUAUCUGGUCAAAGCUGCGUGGCCACGUCAGCCCAGCAGAGGGCACUGGGGCCGGUGCCGGCGGCAGCAGUACUGCCGGAUCCGAGCGUCACCGGCGUCGCCGCAAGACCACGAAGAUGCUGGUGACGAUGGUGGUGGUGUUCGCUGUCAGCUGGCUGCCGUUCCACGCCUUCCAGUUAGCCACGGACAUCGACAGCUCCGUCCUGGACAUGCGCGACUUCCACCUGCUCUACACCGUCUUCCACGUCAUCGCCAUGUGCUCCACGUUCGCCAAUCCCCUGCUGUACGGCUGGAUGAACCGCAACUACCGCGCCGCCUUCCUCGCCGUGUUCAAGGAAAGAGGUGGCAGAAGUGGUCGACUGGACUCCAUCCACCCAGUCCAAGGAGGAGGGGCAGGAGCAGGACGCUCCAAGAAGAUUGUUCUGGAAAGACAGGACGUGGUGUCCACGCACCUGAACGCCACUGACGUCUGAGAGGCAGGACAGUGGAGGACGGUUAGGUCUGAUGAGGGACAAAUACAGAACCAGAACACCAGGGUCACGGAAACUAUGAAGGCUGCCAACGCCGAGAUACAAGGGAGCAGAUUGGACUAAGGCCAAGGGAGUGACAUCAUCAUCGACAGAUCUUUCCAACUCUGUUCUGUGGGCCACAUUUGUCAACGAUGCAGCGGUCCACACGUUCACCUGGGAGUCUGAAGAGUUUAUAAAAUAACCUGGGUUGCUUGGUCAAAUACCUAUGUCACCUGAGGGGGCUUAGAGCACAGUUGUGGACAGGAGGACACUGGAGGACACUGGAGGACACUGUGUUGGGGAAGGCACCAAUCCCCAUCUAUUAUUGGCCAAGACAUUUGAAUUUUAUGCAAAACUAAAAACAUAAAUGCACGAGGCAAAACAAUCUGGAAAAAAAAAACUGUGUCUGAUCAUCGUCUGUUUGUUCACAAACAAAGACACAUGUUGGACAAAAUGGACAGGAAGGAAGGAGACGCGUCUGAAAGAACAGGGCUCCAGACCAUGGUGUGUCAGAGAAACUCCACCAUUGUCCUUGUGGGUUUUUUAUGUGAGCCACCGUGUGGUGUGAUGCCUCAGUUUGAUCCACCUUUCCUUCCCUGCUCUUCUUUGACUCUAACAGGGUUUUUUUCUGCUUCAAGAUGUUUUUUUUAUUAGCUAACGUCUACAUAUAUGUCAAGAGUGUGAGUUCAGGACACUGGUAUUUUUAUAUCACAGCUGAAUGUAAACUGUUGUUACUGUGAUGUUGUCAUUCAGAAAAAACAUCUAUGGAAUAAAACCUUAUAGCACAAGCACAAAAAAACAUCAAACGUCUCAUGUCUGGUGUGUGUGUGUGUGUUUGUUCCUUUCCUUAUCACAACUUCGGCCCUCUUUUGGCUAACUGUUAGCACCUCUGACGGUUGUGCUAAAUACUGUCAGACCUGCUAUAGUCGCAGCUGUGUGGAACCUUCUUUUACGUUGUUUUGGCUGAACCUUCAUGUUAAACGUUAGCUAACUGGUGGCUGUAUUAGUGUAGCCUUUCCCUGUAUUUGUUCAACUACGUCGUACUUCUUAGCUAACACCGACCCUGUCUGUACUUCUGGUGAAAGAAGAAACACUGAGAUGUUCCUCUUCACUCUGGUGUCUCCAUAUGCUAAUGCAGUGGUUCUCAAUUAUGUUCUGUCAUGCCCCCCCUUGUGGACAGAAACGUUUUCACCUCCCCCUUGAGACCCACACCCCACAAAUUGAAAUACUGUUAAGAGCCUGAAAACAUGUAUAUUUGUAUCUGUACAAACCACUGUAUGAGUUGCUGCCACCUUGUGGCUGGAGGCUUGUUAUCAUUCAAGCAUUACAGCAGUGGUACCUCACUGUGCCUCCUCUACGCCACCCCUGCCCCCAGGGGGCCCCGCCCCACUAUUUGAGAAUGACUGUGCUAAUGGAUUAGCAUCAGUCAAAACAGUUGACACUGAUUGAUUAGGUUGUGGAAUUUUUAGCUGUGAUUAAAAACACAGCUCAUGGACAUGACAUGGUCGACCUCGUCCUGAAUUACAAUGACAGUGACUCUGGAACAAACAAGGUCGCAGAGGAUCGAUCGUCACGCUGCACGUCAAUUGAUGUGUUGACCCUGAGCUGCUGUCAGUGCCGGUGGAGAGACCCAGACUGACCCGGGAACCACAGCUUCAGACCACGGGUUGCUCAAUUUUGAGUCAUUGUAGUCAAAGAGUAAUUUUUAGCAAAAAAAUGAAAAAUAUUAACAAAUGCACACCCUGCAGGACUGAAAAGGAAUAAAAAAGAUCUUUUUACAUAGUCAUGGUUUUGUGGAGCCUCCACACAGACACAGACCCAGACACAGAAACAGACACAGACCCAGACCCAGACACAGACACAAAC